GAAAAAUGGCAACAUCUAAAGCGAUCGAAGCUCAGAGCAAGACAGCCGAGAUCCACCGCGGUCCGGCUGCCUGCAAAGAGAAGUUUCUAGAACUUCUCGAGAAUUUCUCAGUGCCUCGAUGUCUGUUUCAGAUGGCCGACAUCGAGGCAGCAGAGUUGGAAGAGUUUGGUUUCAACCGGUCCACCGGCUUCUUCUGGCUUAGGCAGAAGGCCAAAACCGAAUGUAAGAUACACAAGAUUGGGACGAUUUAUUUCGACGUGGAGGUAGCGGGUUUCAUCGAACAACAUCGUAUGUGGAAGCUCACCGGAGUGAAAGGGAAGGAGAUGAUGGUUACACUUCCACUUUGUGAGAUUUUGGUUGGAUAUCCCUCCGCGGAUAAGGUCAAAUGCCUCUCCACGGCCGGUGUCUACCGCGUCCGCCUCAUCGCGGACUUUCUCAAUACUAAAUAGUGUAUGGAUGAGAUGGGGAUUGCAUGUGUUGCGAUCUGUUAGACUGUCUGACACGAGACUCUGAUCGGUGAAUAAAGGAAAUUAAUCCUAAUUUUAGAAGUUUUUUUCUUUUUUAUGUAAGGAAAGUUGAUACUAGACCUUGUGGAAUAAGAUUAAGAGUCAAUGUGCAAUCGGGCAUGUCACAAAUGCAUGCAUGGCCAAAUGUAGUUUAUAUUAUUGGAGGACGAUAAAUUUUCUAA